AUGAGAGGCAGCUUCGUUGGAAUGCCACUGUCACCAAAUGAGCAAGUUCUUCGAGCCGUCUGCUACUGCGACAAAGCAACAUUCGCCCAUCAUCGUCUCCGCCGUGUUGAUCCUCUGAUGCCGAUUCGAUUUUCGACUGGAAACGACGAAGAGAUUUCAGCAGUGGACGAAGGUGGGACAGUAGAAGAGUACUCCUUAUGA